CAAAGCAUAACCACAGUCCGUCCAGAAGAAAAGUCCAUGGCGGAUGCAUCUACCUUCCCCUAAAUCACCAUAGACCAUCAACGCCACCACACUGGUCAAUGCACCCAAACCCUAGCAUCAAUUUUUAAUCCUCUAUAUAUGCAGGGAACAAUUUGAAAUUUGAAUUGGUCUCCCCUCCCCAAGUGGAAGACUGGAGUCGCAGUCGCCGCCGUGUGAGCUUCUACAUCUUCCCCCGAACCCUCCUCACGAGUGUUCUUAGCUGACUCUUCAUCUUUUUCUAUUCCCCCGUUGAUUUCCGCAUUGCAGUGGCGCGACCUGAUGUCAAUUUUGUUAAUUUCUUGUUUGACAAGCAGCGUUUGUUGGUGUAUAUAAUUGUAGCAAUUUGGUUUUGUGUUCACCGAAGAUUCUGAUAUUUGUGGGCUAUUUGGAAUUCAAACUUUUGCUCUGACCUGUCUCUGGUCUCCUCGUUUGAUUUCAAAUCACGGAUUUGGUCUGAUUGUAUUUAUCUUCCUGGAAUUAGGGAUUUCGAAAAUUCACUUUGAGUUUUAGGAAUUAUCCUUUCCCUUUGUUUCUUUCAAUUGCAUUUCUGCUGCAAUAGAUUGUGUGAUCUGUAGAAAUGGCGGAUUCGUUAGAUGGAAAUAGUAGGUUGACUGAUGGAAAUGCGAUUGAGUUAACAGGGAAGAUAAUGGUUGUAGCCAUCAUUAUCCUAUUGUUCGUUGUAGUGUUUGUCGCUUGCCUUCACCUUUACGCCAGGUGGGUCUGGCACCGCCGCCGAGAGAGCGGCGGAAUCACCACCGGAGGGCGGCAAGAAAGGGCGGCAAUGUCUGCCUUGCGCCAUGGGUUGAAUCCCUCUGUCCUCAAAGCCAUACCUGUGGUUGUUUUCGAUCCCAACCAAUUCAAGGAUGGAUUGGAAUGUGCAGUGUGUUUAUCUGAGGUUUCUGAGGGGGAGAAAGCCAGAUUUCUUCCCAAAUGCAACCAUGGAUUCCAUGUCGAUUGCAUUGAUAUGUGGUUUCAUUCACACUCCACCUGUCCUCUUUGCCGGAAUCCUGUGGCGAAUGAGAGUUCUGGCGCCGAAGCUGAGGUGACACUCGAGGAUAUUCUCCAAGCUCCGGCAGGGGAGAAUUCGACAGAGGCUCCAAGUUUUCCAACCAAUGUGUUGUUUUGGGGCGACGAGACGACAGUUAGCACAUUUAGUCCUUGUGUGGAGGAGAAUCAUCAAGGUGGAGAACCAUCAAGUGCUUCGUCGUCAUCAUCAGCAGCAGCUGUGGCAGCAUCGGCAAGCAAUAGGCCAGAUGGUGUGGUGGCAAUUGAUAUUCCUAUGCAGUCCAUUGAAGAUGAACAGAAAUCGCCGAUUCCUACUAGAUUCAGAUCACUAAAGAGACUUUUGAGUGGCAAUAGAAGGGUUAAUCCUUCUAGUCCAAGAAAUUCAGAUAUCGAGCAAGGAGGUACAGGGCAAGUCUGAUUGCUUGAUUUUUGUGAGUUGGAUUGAAGAAAUCAACACGGUAAGAGGACCCGAAACUGCUCUCAGGGCUAUUCCACAAGCAAUGCUGCAGCUGCUUCCCUGGACUGGACCCGAGACAUUUUUACGCCUCGGCUUAGCCAUGGAAGUGCAGUCCAUUUUCUGUUCACGGGAUUUAAUUUUUGUGUCAAG